AUGCCUGGUAUCAAUUCGUUCGUGUUUUUCGUGCUUCUUGUGGCCAUGGCCGCAUAUUGGCACACUGACCUCUUCCAACUCGUUGGAAGCGUCGUUGUUAUUUUCACCGUCUCGGUGGCGGGAACUUGCUUUUUCAGCGGUCCCCGUCUCUGGUUGUUUCGUUUAAUCCAAUCAGUAGCCGUGUUGGUCUGCGAGCCAACAGAGAAAAACUACCACGCCGAAACCACUGAGGCUGAAAAGAAGCUGAGAGCCUUGGUGGGGGUUUUGGAGCAGCAGCUCCUUGGCACGGAGGCACAAGUUCGUGAUUCCGAGAUAGCCCGGGAGAUCGAAAAGAAACGUCAUGAAAAGGAGGUCCGCUACCUGGAUUCUCGACUGACGAAUGUCUCCCGGGGCAUCAAGGAAUCCCUGCUUGCGAAGGAUCGGGUCAUCGUCGAGUGUCGCCAGUGGCGGCGCAAGUUCGAGGACCUGGAAUACCUCCAGCAGCAGGCCCAGGAAAAUCCCGUUCACGGGAUGAAGGGACGUCCUCGUUGGGACCCUGCCAAAAAUUACGGAGUUGGGAAGGGAGGACGUGGUCGGCCGGCAAAAAAAUUCACUGCCAUUGCGCAGGUGGCGAUCGUCAAUGCGGCGUGGGAGUCGAAGCUGGUCAAGUUCGAGAGCGAGGCUCGAGGCUAUGUGGCCCGCACGGACGACCAGAUUCGGUCUCUUCACGACGCCGCCACCGCGCUCAGCAAUGAGAACGCAUGCCUCCAGCAGCAAAUUCAGGUGACUCCCGACAUCUCCCACGAGCUGGUCCAGCAGCAAGUGAGGGAUGCGGUGAUGAGCACAAUGCUUUACGCUGAACAGCAACACGCGGAGCGUGUUGAGCUGCUAAAACAGACAUACGAAAAUGAGAUACUGGCAGCCAAGGCCGAAUACGAGAGGAAAAUGGUGGCGGCAAUCAAGGCAAAGGAGGCCGCAUUCGUUCAGCAGCGUAAGGUAGCCGAGAAAGUGGCUACGGCUACUGCCCAAGCGUCUUUAGGGGACGAAUUGGCUACCAAGGAAACGCAGCUGGACGAGCUGCGAGCCUCCAAUGGUCAGAUUGCCAGUGACCUACUGGUCAAGGAUGAGGAGAUAAAAAAGCUCUACAAUGAGCUAGGGGAGGAAACGGCCAAGCUCAUCAGGCUUGGGCAGGAGAACGACGAUUACAAUCAGACCGGCAAGAGACUGCGAGAUGAGAAUGAGAACUUGAAAUCCGAGAAGAAGACUCUUGCGGAGAAAAAUCAAACUCUUGCGGAGAAAAACCAAACUCUUGCGGAGAAGAACCAAACUCUUGCGGAGAAAAACCAAACUCUUGCAGGGGACAAUGAAACUCUUGCACAGGAAAAUCAAACUCUGGCGGAGGAAAAUCAAGCUCUUUCGAACCAAAAUCAAACUCUUGCUGAGGAAUAUGAGGACCUUGAAGAGGAUGUGGAAGGACUGGAUGCUGCAUGUCGCGAUCUUGCAGGAGACGCUGAGAGGUGGUAUGCGAGAUCCGAGUGUUGGAAGGGCAAGACGCGCGAACUCGGCCAAGAACUGGCAGAUUUACGGACCGCAGAUAUCAACCAGGCGAUCGGAGGCAUGGGGCUUGGUGCUUAA